CAGCGCCCACGUGUGAACCGUGUGUGAUGGUAGUCCAUCGUCAGGCUUUCCAGUCUGGAUUUUAAAAUUAUAUUUCAGAAUUUUUCUCCGCAUCAACAUACAUCAGAAUUAGACCAGAUUAAAAUAAUGAAUCCCUAAGCAUGAGAUGCAAUGUUAGUGACUCCAUGACUGACCUAUGGUAUGAUAGGCUUAACGUUAGGGAUCCACGGUGAAAUAGGCCUGACCUCAUAUGGCUUCCAUUUCUGCUCUUCCAAAUGAAAUUUUGGAAGAGGUCUUGCUGAAACUUGACGGGAGGACCUUUACGAGAUCUAGGAGGGUUUGUCAACUCUGGAAGGACAUAAUAGAUAACUUGGAAAAGCAUGCAGAUCCCUGGUUGAGAUUCUGUGAAGAACUUCCAAAAUCAAGUAGGACGCAAAUAGUGGAUAAAGGGGGAUGGUGGAGAAAGAAAGAAAAUGGUGAUCUCUCUGCAGACUGGAAGUCAGUCUAUAGCUCCUGGGUGCAGGCCCAAAAAAUUCAAGAUUGGCAUCCUGUCGUUCAUCAGAGAAACAAUGCUCCUAAUGUUCCUUUUAUGGCAAUCACCUGCAGUGGAGACUGUGCUAUAACAGGACAUGCCAAUGGUCAGCUUUCCCUAUGGAGUUGGGCCUCACAGGAAUUCCUUGGAAAUAUUGGAUUCCAUACUGAACCAAUCAAUGAACUUCAUGUGAUUGACCUCUGUCAUGAUGGUCCACAUGUGCUGACUCGUGACCUUCAAGUUCAACAUGAUCACAUCCUCUCUCUAGUUCCAGAAGAACCUGUUUACAUUCAUUCUCUGAGUUUGGAUGGAGACAAGAAGAUUUCAAAGCCCCUCUCAGCAGAACCUUCUUUGAUCUGCUCUGUCCAGACUCCUGAUUGGAAGUGA